UGGAGCUCUACAUUCGCCAGUUCAACCUUCAACAAACAAUGGAAGCAUGCAGCUCUGCCCUUCCUACCAAAUACGCCUUCUCACAGUCCUUGACGGCAAAACUAAGCGUGCCCGAGGAAAAAUUCGUUGCAACCAACUGCCUUCGUGAAUUCAACAAUGCCUACCAAGAUGGCUCGCUCAAGUCAAAGGAUAUGCUUUACUUCGCAAUUCCCCACAAACAACAUUGGAUACUAUGUUGCAUCAACCUUCUUUACAAACAGAUCAACAUAUUCGAUUCAGACAAGAAGCUGAAAAAUGAUGAAGUGUACGAGUUGUCAAACAAUCUGGUUACCAACUUUACGACACUGGCCACGCAUGCCAAAGCAUUCACAAAGUUGGAUUUCAUGAAGUUCACGUGCUUCAACCCCCCCGAUUGCCCCCAACAGAAAACGCACUACGAUUGCGGAAUAUUCACAAUGCUCUUCAUGAAGCAAUGGGAUGGGAAGAUCAUGGCCAACUUUUCCAAGGAUACAUACGGCCAUCGGGCGAUUAUCACCGAACUAAUCAUAACUUCGCAGCUCAACAACCAAGACUCUACCUGGGUACUGAAGAAAAACUGAGGAACCGUCUUAGUCGCGAUCAAACAAAUAAUAUUCCUCGUAGAUAAUCACGCCGACGAGCAUUCAACAGAAUAAACGAUCGCGCUUCUGCGAACUAUGUGCUUCCAAGUUUAUUUUUUACUUCUAGCUAGUUGUUUUAUUACACAAUUCAACUUCGUUACCAACAGGUUCCCAUAUUUUUGU